AUGAACUUUGAUCAAUUGACAGAUGAACAGAAACAACAGCUAUACCUACAGCAUUUACAACAACAACAGCAGCAACAACAGCAGCAACAGCAACAACAGCAGCUGUACGACAACCGAUACUCAUUACCACAAGCACAAACAUAUCAGCAGCUAAACCAUGCGCAGGUGAAUCACCUAGCUGGAGAUGAAAGCUUUAUGGACGAGGACACAAGUGAUUUAGUUGAGGAAAUCCCUGUACAGUAUGAAGAUCAUUCUCCAGUUAAGCAACAACAGCAACAGGGUCUCCAGUCUCAGGGAUUGUUGAACAGCUUGCCAACACAAAUGAAUACCGCUGCAUCGCCUCGUUUUAUACAGCUGGACAAAUUCGAUCAAGGAUUUUCAUCUCAUUCUGGGUAUAAUGGCAAAGGUGUUCAAUUUAGCUCAAUCGACUCUAUGAAUUUCCAGCCACCCGUGAGCAACUUCACGCAGUUGAACAACUUGUCAAAUACAAACUUGUCUGAAGCCAGUAGUGGGAACCAUUCGUCAAGCCUGAACUUGGCCAGCUCACACGAGUUGAAUUCGCCACCAGAGACUCCAGUCACGUCGGCUGCUUGGUCGCAGCAAGGACAAGCGGCGCAGCCAAUGCAAGCACCUAUUCAACAAGUUCUGCAGCAGUCCCCAGUGCGGGCCUCGCAACAGUUGCAACAACAACAACUGGCCACAAGCUUUACUCCUCCUCCAUCUGCACGCAACUUGAAUCCGCAAAGUACGCCUUCAAACUACGUGCAUUUUAACAGGCAACCACAUUUUCUACCAAGUGAUAUACAAGACCGUGGUAAAGCAGUCAAAUUGAAGAUGGAAAAUUUCUAUACCAUGGCAGUCAACCAUGCCAUUGAGAGAAAUCAAAGAAGAAUGCAGAUGGAGCAGAAGUUGAUUGAAGAAGGAGCUGGUGUUUCUGAAGAGCGUAAGAAUCGUCAUAUACAAAACUAUAGCAAAAAAGAGAAGCAAUUUUUGCGAUUAAGAAGAACUAAAUUAUGCUUGGAAGAUUUUGAGACCAUUAAAGUGAUUGGUAAAGGAGCGUUUGGUGAAGUACGAUUAGUGCAAAAAAGGGACAAUGGUCACAUUUAUGCUAUGAAGACAUUGUUGAAAUCGGAAAUGUACAAGAAAGAUCAAUUGGCCCAUGUAAGGGCUGAAAGAGAUGUGUUGGCCAAUAGUGAUUCGCCAUGGGUAGUGUCAUUAUUCUAUUCGUUUCAAGAUUCGCAAUAUCUUUAUUUAAUUAUGGAAUAUUUGCCAGGAGGUGAUUUAAUGACGAUGUUGAUUAGAUGGCAAAUUUUCACUGAGGACAUUACUCGGUUCUAUAUGGCUGAGUGUGUGUUGGCCUUGGACGCUAUUCAUAAGUUGGGAUUUAUCCAUCGUGAUAUUAAACCCGAUAACAUUUUGAUUGAUAGGCGGGGGCAUAUCAAGUUGAGUGAUUUUGGAUUGUCGACUGGAUUCCACAAGACUCAUGAUUCAAACUAUUACAAGAAGUUGUUGGAAGAGAAUCCUAGUCAGCCACCAUUACAAGCCAACCAGUUGACCAGCAAUAACAAUGGACGUAAUUCAGUGAUGGUUGAUGCUAUACAUUUAACCAUGUCCAAUAGACAACAAAUGCAAACAUGGAGGAAAUCGCGAAGAUUGAUGGCUUAUUCCACUGUGGGUACUCCCGAUUACAUUGCUCCUGAGAUUUUUGUUCAUCAAGGAUAUGGACAAGAGUGCGAUUGGUGGUCAUUGGGAGCAAUCAUGUUUGAGUGUCUUGUCGGGUGGCCGCCAUUUUGUGCCGAGACCCCCCACGAGACGUAUCGCAAAAUUAUCAAUUGGCAAGAAACUUUACAAAUCCCCGACGACGUUCAUCUUUCACCCGAGGCUGAAGAUUUAAUUAAGCGAUUGUGUACAUCAGCUGAACAGAGAUUAGGUCGAUAUGGCGGAGCUGACGAGAUUAAACAGCAUCCAUUUUUCCGUGGUGUUGAUUGGGAUACAAUACGUAAAGUUGAUGCGCCAUUUAUUCCUAAGUUAAGAUCGAUUACUGAUACGAGGUUCUUCCCCACUGAUGAAUUGGAGAAUGUGCCUGAUAAUCCAAUUUUGACCAAGGCCAUGGAACAAAGAGAGUUGGAUGCCAAGAAUGGUGGUAGAAAGAACCCUAAGGAGGAUUUACCAUUUAUUGGAUACACUUAUUCGCGGUUUGACUAUUUGACUAGGAAAAAUGCAUUAUAG